UUAUAAAAAACAAAAAGCUGGGAACGUCCGAACUGGGAUACGGAACGAGCUCCUCAUUCAUUUGGCCUGAGCGUAAAGCGUCUAGAAGUGACUAAAAAAAUGUCUAACGGUUAUGAAGACCACAUGGAUGAUGUAUGCCGAGAUGACAUUGGCAGAACCAACCUGAUUGUGAAUUACCUUCCUCAAAACAUGACCCAGGAUGAGUUGCGUAGCCUUUUCAGCAGCAUUGGAGAAGUUGAAUCGGCAAAACUCAUCCGUGAUAAAGUUGCAGGGCACAGCUUAGGAUAUGGCUUUGUAAACUAUCUUAGUGCAAAAGAUGCUGAAAGAGCAAUAAACACACUAAAUGGAUUAAGGUUACAGUCGAAAACUAUAAAGGUGUCCUUUGCCCGUCCAAGUUCAGAAAAUAUCAAGGAUGCAAACUUGUACAUCAGUGGACUUCCCAGGACAAUGACACAAAAAGACGUAGAAGAUAUGUUCUCAGGAUUUGGACGCAUUAUCAAUUCACGUGUUCUCGUUGAUCAGGCAACAGGCUUGUCGCGUGGAGUUGCCUUUAUACGGUUUGACAAGAGAUGUGAAGCAGAAGAAGCAAUUGCCAGCUUCAAUGGGCACAAACCUCCAGGCUCAUCAGAACCCAUUACAGUAAAAUUUGCUGCCAAUCCAAAUCAGAGUAAAAAUAUGGCCCUCCUUUCCCAAUUGUGCCAUUCUCCAGCUCGACGAUUUGGGGGACCUGUCCACCACCAGGCUCAAAGAUUCAGGUUUUCUCCCAUGGGAGUAGAUCACAUGAGCAGUAUAUCUGGUGUAAAUGUUGCAAGCAGUGCUUCAUCAGGGUGGUGCAUCUUCAUCUAUAACCUUGGCCAGGAUGCAGAUGAAGGAAUCCUUUGGCAAAUGUUUGGUCCCUUUGGGGCUGUUACUAAUGUGAAGGUGAUCCGCGAUUUUAACACCAACAAGUGCAAAGGUUUUGGUUUUGUGACCAUGACAAAUUAUGAAGAAGCUGCCAUGGCCAUCGCAAGUCUUAAUGGCUACCGUCUAGGGGACAAGACCUUACAAGUUUCUUUCAAAACCAGCAAGUCCCACAAAUAAUUUGUUCUUAAAAUUUUGUAUAAAAUAGAGAAAAUAAGAUUCAUUGGGGAAGGGACUUUUGUUUUCCUUAGAUUAACUUGUUUUGCGCCAACUUUCACAAGUGUGCUUGUCUUACUCUAAAUGAAAAGUGGAAAGGUUUUUUUUUUAUACUCUAGCAAUGCAACUUACAUAUUCAAAUGCUUGAGAAAGCCCACCUUGUUAGACCAAUUUUAAGUUCAUUAAGUUAUUUACUUUAAUUGUACAAAUAAAAUGUGGAUACAUUUCAUAAAAUA